AUGGUGCCGGCGGCCGGGAGCGCCCUGCUCGCCGCGCUGCUCGCCGCCGGGCUGGCCGCCGCGGGCAGCUCGAGAGCUCGUGGGCAGCUGGGGCCUGUGAGCCAGCCUGGGGUGUGUCACUAUGGUUCCAGGUUGGAUUGCUGUCCUGGCUGGAGAAAGAACAAGGGCCACUGUGAAGCUACCUGUGGACAUGGGUGCAAGUACGGCGAGUGCAUGGGACCAAAUAAAUGCAAAUGUCUCCCUGGGUUUACAGGAAAAACCUGCAAUCAAGAUCUGAAUGAAUGUGGACUGAAGCCACGUCCCUGCGAGCACAGAUGUAUGAACACACAUGGCAGCUACAAGUGCUAUUGUCUCAACGGGUACAUGCUCAUGCCAGAUGGCACAUGUGCAAGUUCUAGGACAUGUGCCAUGGUGAAUUGCCAAUAUGGAUGUGAAGAAGUCAAAGGGAAGGUGCAGUGUCUCUGUCCAUCAGGUGGCCUACAGCUGGGACCAAAUGGAAGGACAUGCAUUGACAUUGAUGAAUGCUCCACUGGCAAAGCUGUCUGCUCGUACAACCGCAGAUGUGUCAACACUUUUGGAAGCUUCUACUGCAAGUGCCAUCUGGGUUAUGAACUAAAAUACACCAGUGGCCGCUACAGCUGUGUAGAUGUAAAUGAAUGUGUGACAAAUACACACAGGUGCAACCUCCAUGCAGAGUGCCUCAACACCCAAGGAUCCUUCCAGUGCAAAUGCAAACAGGGCUACCAAGGAAGUGGAUUUGAUUGUGCUGUUAUUCCUGAAAAGUCAGUGAAGGAAAUUGCAAGAAACCCUGGAACAGCUAUUAAGAAACUUUUUGCACAUAAAAGCAGUGUGAAAAAGCAUGAAACAAUCAAGAAUGCAAUCCCAGAAGCAGCUGUGACACCACCUUCUAAGACCCACUUGCAGCUGCUGGACUAUGAAGGUGGUAUUGAUCUUGGUGGGAGCUACAGUGAAGAAGAGGAAGAAACUGCAGCUGCUGCAGAAGAGUCAGAUGAAGAAGAGAAGGAAGAUUUUGAAAAUCAAAUUGAUGAGCGAAGCCUUAGAGGGGAUGUCUUUUUUCCCAAGGUAAAAGAAGCAGCUGCCUUUGGCCCUCACCUGGCACAGAGGAAAAUUCCAGUGUCGAGACCAGAGCAAGAAGUUGAUUGCAGCUUCAGUCGAGGGGUUUGUGACUGGAAACAAGAUGCUGAUGAUGACUUUGACUGGAAUCCUGCUGAUCGAGAUAAAGGUGAUGGCUACUACAUGGCAGUUCCAGCUUUUGUGGGGCACAAGAAUGAUAUAGGGCGUCUAAAACUUCUCCUCACUGACCUCAAACCAAAGAGCAGCUACUGCUUGAUUUUCAGUUAUCGGCUUGCUGGUGACAAAGUGGGAAAGCUUCGAGUGUUCCUGGCAAACAAAAAAACUGCUCCUGUCUGGGAAGAGAACAAAGGAAAAGAUGAAAAGUGGAGAACUGGAAAAAUAGAGAUAUUUCAGGGGGCUGAAACAACCAACAGUGUCACUUUUGAAUCAGAACGUGGGAAGGGAAAAACUGGAGAAAUGGGAGUGGACAAUGUUAUACUAAUUUCUGGUCUAUGCCCAGAAGAUACCUGA